AAAGGCCAAUCAAACUUCACCUUACUUGCUGGUGCUGGGGAAAACGGACCUGGAGGUCUUUGUCUGCAGUGUGUGGCUGCUGUUACCUGAACAGGGUUGCACACCUGCGGCUCUAUUUUUUCUCUGAGCGCUAAGGGACGAGCAGUUUGGCCUUUUCCACCGUUGGCUAGAUUUGCUUGUAUUGUUUCUAGCCACUGCUCAUGUAAUGCACUCCCUUAACCAGGAAAUUAAAGCGUUCUCCCGGAGUAAUCUCAGGAAGCAAUGUACCAGGGUGACAACGCUAACUGGAAAGAAAAUUAUAGAAACAUGGAAAGAUGCCAGAAUUCAUGUUGUGGAAGAAGUAGAGCCGAGCAGUGGGGGUAGUUGUGGUUAUGUGCAGGACCUUAGCUUGGACCUGCAUGUUGGUGUUAUUAAGCCUUGGUUGCUCCUUGGGUCACAAGAUGCUGCUCACGAUCUGGAUACUCUGAAAAAGCACAAGGUGACACAUAUUCUCAAUGUUGCAUAUGGAGUUGAAAAUACUUUCCUCCGUGACUUUAUAUAUAAGAGUAUUUCUAUAUUGGAUCUGCCUGAAACCAAUAUCCUGUCUUAUUUUCCAGAAUGUUUUGAAUUUAUUGAACAAGCAAAAAUGAAGGAUGGUGUGGUUCUUGUUCAUUGUAAUGCAGGAGUUUCCAGGGCUGCUGCAAUUGUAAUAGGUUUCCUGAUGAAUUCUGAAGAAAUCUCGUUCAUCAGUGCUUUUUCUUUGGUGAAAAAUGCAAGGCCUUCCAUAUGUCCAAAUGCGGGCUUCAUGGAGCAGCUUCGUACAUACCAAGAGGGCAAGGAAAGCAAUGAGUGUGACAACAUAUAGGA